ACGAUCCAACAUGGAAGUAAAAUUAAUGCUGCUUUCUGUUCUAGUUCCUAUCGGUACUAUAGUUAACGAUCCCACUGCAAAAAGCAAUGAAAAUAUUUCGACUCCAUCCUUUCAGUUCAAUCCAAUUGUUGGUCAAUUGGAUGCAGUUAUUUCCAACAGGACACAAAGCAAUUUUCGCCCACAAGGAUUUACUUCUAAUGUCGAGAGUUUAAGGAGAGCUGCCGAAAGAAUUGAAACUCUCGUGGCAAAACAAGUGCAGCACGUUAGUGCUCUGGAAAAGCAAAUAACUAAGUUUUUACUACCCGAAGCGAGAAAUUGGCCACAAACGUGCGCGGAAAUAUCGGACCGUCGAUCAGGGCUGUACCGCAUUCAGCCACAGACCGGAUUUUCCGAUGCCUUUGACGUUUAUUGCGAGCAGCAAUACGAGGGCGGCGGUUGGACGGUCAUCCAAAAUCGAUAUGAUGGCUCGAUUAAUUUCUUUAGAGGUUGGAAGGAAUACGAAGAUGGCUUCGGGGAUCUUCGUGGAGAGUUUUGGUUGGGAUUGAAGAAGAUACAUGAACUAACGUACGUUAAACGGCACGAGUUGCAUGUUGUACUGGAGGACUUCAAUGGGACAAUUGUAACGGCGCAGUACGACCGGUUUAUAGUAGACGGGUCAGAGACGAAAUAUGUUUUGAACAGUUUGGGAAACUACACUGGAACUGCAGGAAAUUCACUUAGCGGCAAUUUGGGAAUCAAGUUUACGACUGUUGAUAACGACAAUGAUUGGUGGAGUGGUGGCAGUUGUGCACAAUACAAUAAAGGAUGUUGGUGGUAUAAUAAUUGCGGCAAUAGAUUUUACUGUUGCAGUAAUUUGAACGGGCUGUAUCGGGAAGGAUCUAAACAAAGCACUCUCCAUGUUAUGUUUUGGUAUAGCUUUCCUGGAUCUACCAACGGAUUAAAACGGUCACGAAUGAUGAUUAGACCGGCUAAGAACAUUUGAAAUACUUAUUGGCAAAUUUUUUCAGCUCUGAAUAAAAUUAGUUCGUUCCAGUA